GCGCAUACGCGGAAAUAAAGUCUAAAACGAAAGUAGAACUACGAGUUCUGUGUUUUGCUGUUUUUGACGUCCAGUCCUGAUUUUGGGCUAUAUUUUUAGCACCAAGAUAUUGAAGUUACAUAGUAGGCCUAUUGGCUCAAUGUUUUUUCAGCUUGUGUAGUUUUGAAAAUGAAAAGAUAGCCUAAGUAAAGCUGUUAUUACUUCUAGACUAUUACAAACAUCAUGGACGUGGAUAUGGAAAACGAGGCGUCAGGAGCCCUGCGACGGGACCUGACCUGUCCCGUGUGUCAGAACAUCUUCAGUGACCCUGUGCUCCUGCCCUGCACACACUCCUUCUGUCGGGAAUGUCUACAGAGGAGCUGGCUGUUCAACAAAAAGUGCCCAUUCUGUCGGGAGCUGUUUACAGAAGACCAGGCUAUCGCAAACCGUGAUCUGAAAAACGCCUGUGACACGUUUGUGAAGCAGACCAACUGGACAAGCCCCCCCAAACCCAGUGAGUUUAGUUGCACCCUCCAUCUCAAACCUCUGGAGCUGUACUGUGAGUUAGAUGAGAGGCUAGUGUGCGUGGACUGCGCCACUCUUCACAGCACGCACCGCUUACUCAGCAUCAAGGAUGGAGUCCCCCUCUGUAAGAGUGAGUUGAAUGGCAAAGUUGAGUACUUUGAAAAGAAGAUUGAUUUGUAUGGGAAAAUGAGACAGACACUUUUCAAAACAGUUGAAUAUAUUAAAAAACAAGCAGGGGCAGCAGAGAAUCAGAUUAAGGAAGAAUUUGAGAGGCUCCACAACUUUCUUCAGGCUGAAGAAAACAUGCGACUCAAAACCCUGGCCACUGAGGUGAAAGAAAAGAUCUCAAAUGUACAGGAAAAAAUAUUUGAAACAGAGGAGCAUCUAAAAAGUCUUAAAGAUCAUUUGGACACUCUGAAAAAUGAGCUGGAUAAUGAGGACCUUCCACUUCUAAUGAAUUUUCAGAACGUUAAAAUAAAAACAUAUUGGGCACAGCGUGUGUCAAAGGUUGAAAAGGAUUGCCUCCUAGUCAUGAGUAAACAUGUUGGUUCCUUAAGCUUCAACAUCUGGAAGAGCAUGAAAGACUGUGUCCACUAUUAUCCGGUGGUGCUUGAUCCCAACACUGCUUCCCCAUGGUUGGCCUUGAGUCCAGACAUGAUCAGUAUGAAAGAAAGCCUGGAGCCACUGCCUGUCCCUGACAACCCAGAUCGCUUUGACCCGUGUGUAUUUGUACUGGGUGCUGAAGGAUACACCUCUGGGAAACACAAGUGGGAGGUCUCUGUUGGAGAUAACCCUAAAUGGAUUCUGGGAGUGUGCAAAGAAUCAGUGGUUAGGAAAAAGAUGUUUAGAGUUUCAACCACAGGUGGAGUGUGGGCAAUCAGACUCAGCAAAGGGAUGUACACUGCUUUAACACAAGAACGUACACAGCUGCCAGUCAACUCAUGUCCAGAGAAGAUCUGUGUCAGGCUAAACAUGGACAAGGGAGAGGUGUCUUUUUAUGAUGGAUUAGCAGAGAAACACCUGGUCUCUUUUACAUUUAAAUUGGAAAAGGGCGAAAAGAUGUAUCCACUUUUUGGUCCAGGCCUCCAAAAUACACCCAUGACUAUUGUUCCUGGAAAAGUUAAAAUACACACCUCCUGACAUUAAUGUUGAAAAAUAAACACAGAAAGAAAUGGUUUUGAAUUUGAUGUCCUUUGUGUCAAGCUCUUAGUAUGCAUGAGGAUGUCCUUUUGUGGGGUAUGUUGCAUAGCUUAUACUGAGAAACUUUAUCGAUAAGUUGACAUAAUGUAAGCAUAAUAGUAUGUAAACAGAUGUUGUUAUUGUAAUGUUUGACUUUAUGUCAUAAUAAAGUUUAUCCACUAUC